AAAGGAUUUUUUUUUUAAUUAAUAUUUCGUUAAAACAAUUACGUCGAGUGUAUAAAAUAGAUAUAUAAACGUUUAUCUCUCUAUUGUCUUUCUUCUUGAGAAAUUGUAAUCAUACAUAUUGAUAUCAUCGACUUAGAACGAGAGAUGUAUUGCUAAUAUUGUGUUAAUGUUUAUGUCAUAUGAUAUGAGUUAUGACUUAUGACUAAGAAUUGGCAAACUUGGUCAGUGACACUUAAUAGGAUAGAAAUAUGAAUUUUUAUCACAUACAUCAACGAUAAAUUUAUUAAGCAAGCAGAUGUCUGAAUCGUACAUAUCAAAGGUAAACAUGAUAAAACGAUGAAAACUAUUGGCUCGAAAAAAUAAAAGUAAAUUACAAGAAAACGAAGCUGACCAAUGCAACAUAAUCUCAAACGAGGAGCAAAUGAGCUGCCACAACGAAAGAAAAUGCUACAACGUCGUUUCUUACAUUGAAAGCUCCUGAAUCCGGGGAGGCCAUUGGUGGCAUGGGUCCCGGAGAAGGAGCAGAUUCCAUUGCCGGCAUCGGUGGGGAAGCCAUGUCAGGGACUGAUGCGGGGCUUGGGCCCAUAGGAGUAGUUGAUGGACUCAUUGGCGUCAUAGGUGAUGGAGCCAUGGGCAUUGGUGGUGGAGCCAUGGGCAUAGGAGGUGGAGUCAUCAUCGGCAUAGGAGGUGGAGUCGUCAUUGGCAUCGGAGAGCCGCCGCUAGGCAUUGGUGGCAUGGACAUUGAGCCAGAAGGAGCCAUCAUGGGGGACUGAGCUAAUGAAAAAGAAACUAAAACCAUAGACAAUGUCACCAAAAAGAGGGCUUGUGAA